GGGAAGUGAGCUCGCGCUGAGGUCAGGCGUCGCGUUGUGUUCUCGCGAUACUUCACGGGAGCUAGUCCUGCUAUGGCAGCUGAACACCAAAAUGCUGACCCUGAUACCGCUACGGUCUGUGACAGAGACAGUCUUGCGAAUGAUUCGUUUCAGGACAGUUUUCAGACAAGGGUAUUUAAAAUAAUUGUCAUUGGUGACUCCAAUGUUGGAAAAACGUGUUUAACCUAUAGGUUCUGUGAAGCUAAAUUUCUUAAAAACCCAGAAGCCACAAUUGGAGUUGACUUCAGAGAGAAGACCCUUGAGCUGGGGGGAGAAAAUAUCAAGUUGCAGAUUUGGGACACAGCAGGACAGGAGCGAUUCAGAAAGAGUAUGGUGGAACAUUACUACCGCAGUGUGCAUGCUGUGAUCUUUGUGUAUGAUGUAAGCAACCUGGCCUCCUUCGAAAAUCUGCCCGAGUGGAUUGAGGAGUGUAGGCGCCACUCAGUCCCACUGAACGUGCCCCACAUCUUAGUAGGGAACAAAUGUGACUUAGGAAGAGGAGAGGUUCCCACCUCAUUGGCACAGCGACUAGCUGACAGCUAUAAUUUCCCCCUCUUUGAGACGUCUGCCAAGGACCCUGCUGAGAAGGAGCAUGUGGAUGCCAUUUUCCUCACCCUGGCCCACAAGCUGAAGAAUCACAAGCCCCUGAGGCUGAAACAGCCAAGUGGAAGCACUGCAACACCCCUGACCAGCGAGCAGGAAGAGAAGAAGCUCUGUUUCUGCUGAGAGACGGUGGCUUUGUGUAACUGCCUUGAAAUGAUGAUGAUGAUGAUGAUGAAAUGGUAAGAUGGUCAGUCUAGAUUGGGAACUUUUUGCUGUUUUUAAUGGAACAGAAAGACAUAGAGGGCAAGCAUUAUUAACUGUGUGCAAUUACCAAAGAUGUUCCUUAUUCUCGGAAAGCCAGUGUGAGUGUUUACCAAUAAAUCAGUGCAGUGAUUAUGAAGGAACAACAUGACAGCAUUAAUGAAGCAAACAAACAGUUGCAGAAAUUUUGCACAAGAAAACGAUCAAAUACUUACAUUUGAAUUACAUUAAAAUGCCUCAUGCAUUAGCAUGAUAAAAAUAUAUUGUCAAAGCAUACAAUACUUAUUUUACAUCACCCUUAAGAUCUAGGGCUCAUCCAUUCUGAGCAACUUGAAUUGCUGUGUUUUAAAAAAUGUUGCUUUUCUUUUCAUGCUGUUUGUUGUCAUAUAAUGUUGUGCUGUUGUAUUUAAUUGUUUGCAGUAUUUCAGUUACGUUGUGCCUGAGCCAGAAUUCAGUGAUUUUCAAAGCGAUAUUUCAGGAGUAAGAAGGGAACCAACUGAUGGUGUUCAUUAUUCUUUGAUCACACACUAUACAUUAUAGAUAUUCGUAACACUUCAUAAUUCAUAAUCACUAUUUGACAUAAAUGUGCUGCAUCGAUUCAGAAGAACUUGAGAAAAUCUGUUCUGAUUAUCUUGCAUGAUUGAAACCAUCCUUACUGAGGAUUUUUUUUUUUGCACAAAUGCAGUGUUGCAUAGAAUUCAAAAUGAUAUCAGCCGAAGUUACAUAAAAGGUGAAAUUUAGCUGCUUGAUUAUAAUUGUAUCAAUGAAUAGGACCAGCUUUUUCUGAUUAGUGUAAAGAAUGGCAGUGAAAUAUUCUCAAAGCUUGUACUUAACAUGAUUUGUAUCACACAGAGGGACGUAUCCAUUAACAACACUUAACUACCAGCAUGACACCUUGAUAUAUGUAACAACUUACUCGAAGCUCACACUAAUUUUACUGCUGGAAUGUUACAACCUGCGGGCAGGGACCAGCCCGAUGAAGGUACUAAUCCAGCCCACCAUGUGAAUUUAGAAACCCAGCUCUAAAUCAAAAUUGUCUUGUGGACUGUAGUUGAAUUGAUAGCAUUUUAAAAAGAGCUAGUUUCUGUUAUUCCUCUAGGGGGCAAAAUAGAGCAGUAAACAAGUAUAACAGUUACUGUAACCAUGUGUUUUGAAAAUAACUAAUUGAAGAGUCUUCAUGAGACAGAACAAGCACUACAGCUCCAGUGGGCUAGCAUGUUAACAUGUGAUAGCACGUCUUGGUAGCGGAUGAUUCUAUGGGCUAUCUUCCUUAAUCCUUAACCUAACCUUAAUCCAUCCGAUAUAUGGCACAUUUAGAGCUGGCUUUGGGCUGCAGAGAUACAUACUUGGAUUUCACAGCAGCAAGGGUACAAUGCAAUGCAAUGCAAUCACAACUAUAUUGAUAUCCCCCCCCCCCCAAAAAAAAAAAAAAAAAAAACCAUAAUCACAGCUCAAUUCAAGGUUGUACAUUUAUUUACAUUUAUUAUUCAUUUAGCAGACGCUUUUAUCCAAAGUGACUUACAAAUGAGAAAAUACAAGCAUUUUGUAGCACUACAAAUUGUAGAAAAUUUCAAGGGGGUGAAUACUUUAUAUAUGGUAAAACCACAUAUAUAAAGGGGGGGAACUGUAUAUAUGGUAUGAGCAUAAUUUUUCUUUUUUUUGUAAUGAAUUGCAGUGUGUUCGUGUGUUUUGUAAGUGAUAUACAUUCAAUCUGUUUGUGCAUUCAGAAUGUACCUUUCAGAUAAAUGAACACAUUUAAGAGGAGUUAUUGAUUAUAGUGUAAUGUGGCCCGUUACGUAAAAUGAGUUUGACACUCCUGCUUUAAAGGAUUUUUUUUUUUUGCCUAAAUGAAGAAAGCCUUUAAUUGUCACAUAUACAGUACAAUGUUUUUAUUAUUUUUAUUUUACAUCUGAUAUGUUCAGAGCUGUGUGAACCAAAAAUGUAAUAUUUUAAAGUCAGUUUUGAGCAGCUUUUUACCUUCUCACCAUGAACAGCUGAUAAGCUAUACCUCCAGAGCAAAUAAUCUUUCUGUUGAAGGCUUGUGAUGGAUUGCGUCUCAAAUACGAUGAUGUUUGUUGUUCAUGCACCUAGAUCAAGCACGUGCUAUUCUUGAGUUGAAGAGUGUACAUGCAGGUGGUUUCAGGGCACAGGUUUGUUCACAGUAAGAGAUGUAGGGCACUUUGUAUAUAGGAUAGGAUAGGAUAUAGGAACCUUUAAGGCAGAAUGAUUGGAUCCCAACAUUAAGGCUUGUAAUGUGACUGCAGCCUUAGUCCUAAAAUCAUGCCCCUGUUGUUGCUGAUGUCAUUUUACAUAACUGUGACUACAUGACAAACCCCAUGUAAAUCAGUUUUUUUUCUUUCAAAAUGGAAAUAAAACCAUCAGCACAUGGUCUCCUAGUUAAUGUGAAUGUAGGCCAUAGUAAUGAAUCAUCUUAUGUCACUGCACCUUUGAAUCUGCUAUGAAUGAGCAUGAGAACAAAAAACCCAUGAAUCUGAAUCCUGAGUGAGAGGGGGAAAGCUUCGGGAAUACAAUGAAAAUAACAAAUUUUGUGUCAUUUUGAGGAUGUCUUCAAAAUACUCUGUUUUUGUGUAACCAUUGUUUGGGAUUCAUGUAAUAAACCAGUCAUGAAUGUCUUAGUGAAUAAAAUAAAUAAAUAAAAUAUACACUGCA